AUGGGAAAUAAGAUAUCUCGUAGAAUUAUAAGGAAAAAAAAGUCUCGAAAUAAUUCAUCCAGAGAAGAAAGUACAAUUUCAUCUGACGAUAGUAAUUCCGUCCAUAUUCAAUUAGUGCCGCAAUUGAAGACUGUAGCUGAUUGGGAAGAGGCUGACAGACUUCAAGCAUUUCAUUUCGUUCUAAAACAUGCUUUAGAUGGAAAUUACAAUGCAAAGCUUUCAAAUAUUAUUAGACCCGGAAGCAAAAUUUUGGCAAGAUAUUGGAUGUGCUUUGAAAUAGCACAAGAAUUUCCUUAUGCAGAAGUCUAUGGUAUAGACAUAUUAUCAACUUUUCCAAACAAGAUAAAACCUAACAACUGCCACUUUAGAACAUGUGACAUACUUGAAGGUUUACCGUUCGGUGAUGAUGAGUUCGAUUAUGUUUUUAUGAGAUAUAUGCUUACAUCAAUAAAGACAUAUCAAUGGCUUCCAGUGUUAAAAGAUAUAAAAAGAGUGAUAAAACCUGGUGGCACCAUCGAAAGUGUAGAACUUAAUACAGUUCAUGAAGUAAUGUUAGAUGCUUUCGAAAUAGAUCUCCAGCAGAAAUUUGAACCAAUGUUUGAAGUUUUAGGAUUUCAAAAUGUAUCUAGCAUUAGUAAAUAUAUAUCACUUGGAAAAUGGGAUGAAAAUGCCGGAAAAAUUGGUCAAAUAUUUACGACAAAUACAGUUCAAAUGGCGGAAGCUGUUAAAUCAAUAUUAGCACCACUUAUGAAUCUUACCGAAGACGAGUGGGAUCGUAUGUUUAGAAAAAUGUAUUUCGAAGAGGUAGAUAAGCAUCAUACAUUUCAAGAACAUUAUGUCGUUUUGGCUACUAAAUAA